AUGGCUGCCAGACAUCUGGUGCAGAUGGUUUACGAGCCUGAUUGUGAGAUGCUAGUCAACAUGGCUCUCAACAUGAAGUUUAAGGUGCGCCUAAUAUUUUUUGUCUGUGUGGCAAUGAUACUGUUGAUGACGUUCUUCCUCUAUCUGCGUGAGAGCAGCCCAACCAGAGUUCGCAAAGCAGACAGCGGCACUUUCUUCCUAUCCAAGAUCAAGAGUUUCUUCCCUGUGUCUUCUGAGAAGUGCUCGGGGACACUACUGGUGAAUGUCACGGCAGAUAUGCAAACCGUCAAUAUAUGGGAUAGUAUAGACCUCAUAUCUGCAGGAACUAAGUAUAAAGUGAUGUUUCCAGAGGAGAAUUCCAAGAAAGCAGCCGGUAAGGCUUCACCUUCCCCUCUCACAGUCCUCAUCAUCCCACAUUCUCACAACGACCCGGGAUGGCUUAGAACCCUGGACGACUACUUCAGUACGUCAACAAAAAAGAUUUUCGACCUAAUGUUAGAGAAGCUGGAAGCACACCCCGAUAUGAGAAUGGUGUGGGCAGAGACUGUGUUCUUAGCUUUGUGGUACGAACAGGCUUCAGUAGAAAAUCGGACUUCUCUGAAAAAACUGGUGGACACUGGACAGUUGGACCUAGUGACAGGUGGGUGGGUAAUGCCUGACGAAGCGUCGACUCAUUAUUAUUCUAUUAUUGACCAGUUGAUUGAAGGUCACCAAUGGCUUGCAAGGAAUCUCGGCGCAAGGCCCAGAAUCAACUGGUCAAUAGACCCCUUUGGACACUCAGGAACCGUUCCGCACUUGUGGCGCCUGGCAAACUUUGACGGAAUGGUUAUCCAAAGGAUACACCAAGCCAUAAAGGACUAUCUGGGACACCACAAGAGAUUGGUGUUCCAUUGGCGCCAGAUCUGGGACGACAAAGGGUACCAUGAUAUCCUGUGUCACACGAUGCCCUACUUGUCUUACGAUACCACCGCCACAUGCGGCCCUGACAGCAAUGUCUGUAGAAAGUACCUAUUCCCUUAUAACCAAGAGUUUAUGGCUGGGGACAGGGCAAGAUUAGAAGCAUUCGUUACCCCUCUGUACGAGCAGUUCAGACUUCAUGCCGAAAACUAUCAACACAAUGUAAUAUUCGUUCCCUUGGGGGGAGAUUUCCAAUGGGUAUCACUGGAUGAAUUUGACUCGAAAUACUCUAGCUACACUGAAAUCAUGGCUUAUAUGAAUUCCAGGUCCGACUGGAACAUAAAGGUGCGCUUUGGGACUUUGACUGAAUAUUUCAACUUACUGAAACAAGCCAGUCCACCCGUGCGCUACCCAACUGUAACAGGGGACUUUUUUGUGUAUUCGGAAAUACCGAACCAUUAUUGGAGCGGAUACUUCACCUCUAGGCCUCUGGACAAAUUUCUUGGAAGAGAGAUUCAGGCUUUAUUAAAAGUCGCAGAUAUAUUAUACUGCUUAGCAGCAAUACAUGCUCGCACUGGGAGCCAUGCACAUGUCUUCGAAAACUAUAAGCUGCUGGAGGUAGCCCGGCGUAACCUGGCUUUGUAUCAACAUCAUGACGCCAUAACGGGAACAGCCAAACCUCACGUGGUUAUGGAUUAUGAAAUCAGACUAUCCUCGUCUUUCAACCAAUUGCAAGCUGUUGUGAAGCAUGCCGUGGUCACCUUGCUUAGAAGUCACGCUGGUGGAGGCGAAGAACUUCUAAAUGUCCAGCCUUUCGCUUUUGCCUUUGAUCCCUUCCAUAGUCGAUCACGUCACGAGAUUAAACCUGCGGGAUUAAAAGUAGUGGUGUUCAACCCUUCGGCUUUUAAGAGAGCUGAACUGAUUUCGCUGGUGACUGACAAGGACCAGAUUGAGGUAAAUGAGUCCCGGUUAUCUAACCGCAAAGUUGCCCAUCAGAUUUCCCCAGUCUGGAGCGCACGUGGUAACAUCCUAAGUUCACGGUUUGAGCUGUCGUUCCGUGUAGACUUACCACCAUGGUCCUUGGUAACCUACACACUCAGUGCAAUAAGCACGCCUGACUCGUCUUUUACAAAUCUCUACAUGACGCUACCGACUGGACACCAUCAAGAACAAAAACAAGCUUCUUUCAAAAUCAGUCCUCUUCCACGUUCGACCAACAUUGUUUUAGAAAACGCCUGUCUUCGAGUAUCCAUAUCUUCCUCUACUGGGAUGAUUACAGAGAUCAUGCAGAAAAACACAAACACUGUUACCGGUAUUGCCAUGGAGAUGGUAUCCUAUACUCCAGGGGCCCUGUCUGGUGCCUAUCUCUUCUGGCCCAGGAUAGACACCCCCCGAAUCUUGAGCACCGACGAGGUAAAUGUUGUCCACGUACAAGGUUCCUUGUAUUCAGCUGUCAAGGUUGUUCAUCCGUUAUUUCAAACCGUGCUUAAAGUUUAUAACAGUUCAACAGAAGAGGCGUUGUGUAGAGCUGUAGGUAUUGACAACAUCGCUACGCUGUCGGAGUCCCGAGGAGAUGAGCUGGUGAUGCGCUUCAAGACCGAUGUUCAGAACAAAGACGUUCUUUACACUGACGGUAAUGGGUUGGGCAUGGUCAAGCGUCGUCGAUUUCCCAAACUUCCGAUGCCAGCCGCUUAUUACCCCAUGACAAGCGCGGUGACGAUACAAGACGAGCACAUGCGGUUCACGGUCCAUAGCCGUCAACCACACGGGGCGGCCUCACUGACACCGGGGUCCCUCGAAAUCAUGCUGGACAGGACGUUUAGGUCAGACGACGGUAAAGGGCUGGGUGAGGGAAUUCAGCAAAACCCACCCGCACCAAGCAAGUUUUUCCUCCUCAUCGAACCGAUGGAAAACCGAACUAGUCAAAACUCUGAUUACUUCCACCCAACAUUACAAAGUUUGCGACUCGGCGACGUGCUACAGAGUCCUCUCUAUUAUCUGACAUACGGAGAAUCUCUUGAUCUCCCAGCAACGUUUAACCCACAGUUAUUCGAUCUCCCGUGUGACGCUAAUGUUGUAAGUUUUCGUCCAUUGGAGCCUGAUACGGAACCGAAAGGGUUGCGGACUGCGUUUAUUCUGGAGAAAAGAGGUUAUGAGUGUGGUGCUCACACAGGGACAGUGCAGUGCGAAUCAAGCUGGGGCAAGCUUUCGUUUUCAUCUUUACUGGAGUUAACCUCUCCAUCUAGUCUUACGGAGAUGUCCUUGUCACUGAUAGAUACUAUCAAACCAUUAUCACCUUUUGAUACUCUCGAACUUCAAGCCAUGGAUAUUAAGACGUAUUCUUUAGAAUGGGAUGAUAAAUAA